UGAUUAGAUGCUUCUCAAACUUUAGUUUUGAAAGGUGUGUCUUUGAGUCAGGAAAUAGCGUCAUAGCUAGACAAUAAACACUGACCUAAUCAAGAUAGAAACUGUUUAAUGUAGAUAAAUACAGUUUGAAUGUAGCUAAACAGCAAUCAGAAACAAGUGAUCAUUCAAAACUUUUGUGUCAGAGGCAGAGGGACAGUUUGCAUCUAAGUGAAGUCACCAGUUAUGGGUUCUAACAGACGAGGAAUUAUUUCUCUCUUACUUCUUGUUCAAGGUAACCUUCUUCUUCAGACAUCCCAGGCCUUUAAUGUUGAUAUGUUAGGAGCCAAAACAUUCUCAGGCCCUAGAGAUGCUCAGUUUGGCACCUCCAUUCAGCAGUAUUCCAACUCUGAUGGGAAAUGGUUGCUGAUUGGGUCGCCAUGGACUGGUUUUCCUGAAAAUCGCACAGGGGAUGUGUACAAAUGUCCUAUCAACGGCAACAAUGAAGUUUGUGAGAAACUCAACUUGGGAGAUAUAAUGACUUUUCCAAAUGUGACCGAGGACAAACAGGAUAUGAAUACUGGCUCAACACUGAUCAGAAAUGACAAAACUGGUGGAUUUUUGACUUGUGCUCCAUUAUGGGCACAGAAGUGUGGCAACAUGAAUUAUCCGAGAGGGUUGUGUGCAGAUAUAAAACCAAACUUCCAAGUAUCAAAAACCUUCUCACCAGCUGUCCAACGUUGUGGGUCCUACAUGGAUCUUGUGAUAGUACUGGAUGGAUCCAACAGUAUCUGGCCUUGGGUACCAGUCCAAAAUUUUCUGAAAAAGUUAACUGGAAGUUUAGACAUUGGCCCUGAGAAAACUCAGGUGUCUAUUGUACAAUAUGGUGAAGAUGUGAGAUUUGAAUUCAAGCUGAAUACUUACAAAACAACUGCUGAAGUUGAACAGAUUGCUGCAAAGAUCAAACAAAAGCAAGGAACAGAAACAAACACAGCUCGGGGAAUCAAUUUUGCAAGGGAAUAUGCAUUCUCAACUCAAAAUGGUGGAAGACUAAGAGCAACAAAAGUAAUGGUUGUUGUAACAGAUGGUGAAUCUCAUGACAGCGCCAACUUGCCACGAGCAAUAAUUGAAUGUGAGAAAGAACACAUUGUUCGAUUUGGGAUUGCUGUUCUUGGAUAUUACAAUAGAGAAGGAAUAAACCCAGACAACUUAAUCAAGGAAAUCAAGUCCAUUGCAAGUGACCCAAAAGAGAAGCAUUUUUUUAAUGUAUCCUCGGAAGCUGCUUUGAUAGAAAUAGCUAGUGCUCUCAGAGAACGUAUCAUUGGUAUUGAAGGAACAAGCAAUAAAAAUGAAGACACCUUCCAACUGGAAAUGGCACAAGUUGGAUUCAGUGCACACUUUGUACCCAGCCAGGAUUUGCUGAUGUUGGGAGCUGUGGGAGCUUAUGACUGGGCAGGCACAACAGUCCAUAAAUCAUCUGACAAGAUUACUAUAUUUGCAAAGAAAGUUUUUCAAGAUAUUCUGCAAGAUAAAAAUGACAGUUCGUACCUAGGUUACUCAGUGGCAUCCCUAGUUACCAAAUACUCUGUGCUCUAUGUUGCUGGAGCACCACGUUUCCAACACACUGGACAAAUAGUCAUUUACACAGUGGGAUUAAAUGAUGAAGUGGUAAUUAAGCAGACCGCAAAAGGAGAACAGCUUGGGUCCUAUUUUGGCAGCGUAUUGUGUUCUAUUGAUGUUGACAGAGAUUCACUGACUGAUGUACUAUUGGUUGGGUCACCUAUGCUUAUGGGUAAACACAAAAAUGAGGAAGGAAGAGUGUACGUAUUUUCUGUCAAUCAGCAGGGUAGCCUGGAAAAGAAAGGCACCUUAGAAGGACCAGUUGAUGGUAAGAACACUCGAUUUGGAGCUGCUAUUGCUGCUAUUGCUGACAUCAAUCUGGAUGGCUACAAUGAUGUUGCAGUUGGAGCUCCUGUAGAAGAUGAACAACAUGGAGUUGUAUACAUUUACAACGGACACCAAACAUCAAUCCUAUCAAAACAUACACAAAAAAUACAAGCCUCAAAGAUCAGCCCCCAAUUGAAAUAUUUUGGAUUCUCUAUUGAUGGGCAGAAGGACUUGAAUGGUGAUACCAUCACAGACUUGUCAAUUGGAUCCAUUGGAAAUGUUGUGCAACUCUGGUCACGAAACAUUGCAAAUGUAAAGUUUACAGUGAUAUUUGAGCCAAACAAAUUGUCCAUUUUAAACAAAACUUGUCAAAUCAAUGAAAACUGGCUAACUUGUGGCAAAGUCAAAAUAUGUUUCCAAGCAACAGUCAAACCGGAAAACUCUGUGUCAUCAAUCAAUAUUAGGUACAAUGCAACAUUUGAUAUGAGUCUCAAGUCAUCUCAUGCUACUUCACGAGCCUUGUUUCAAACAAAUCAUAUGCGGGAAAUACAAAAUGACAUUUCAGUGGACAAAGUGCAAAAAUGCAACACAUUUAGCUUUUAUGUCAAUCUCUUUCCCAACCAGGAAAAAAUUGAUAAUGUGAGCCCACUUAGUCUACGUUUAGACUUUGCUGCACAAGACACUGAAGUUGGUCCUAGUCUUGAUGCCCAUACAACAAGGUCCAAGGAGUUUUUUAUUCCAUUCUCCAAAGACUGUGGUGAUGAUGAAGAAUGCAUAACAGAUCUCGCUAUUGAGGUUCACUCAAAUAUUCCAAACAACAGUAACUACAUUGUUAGUAGCAAGAAACAACAGAUGACCAUUAACGUAGAGACAGAGAACAAGAAGGAAAAUGCAUUUAAUGCUAAAGUGAUAGUUCAUUUUUCUGAUAACAUCUUUUUUGCAUCAGCUGAGAACAGCGACUGUAGUGAAGUAAACUCAACCUCAGUAUCCUGUGACAUUGGGAGCCCAUUUUUAAAAGGGGGAGAUAAGACCUCUUUUGACAUCAACUUUGAUUUUAAUGUCAACAAGCCACAGAGAAAUGCAUAUGUGAGAUUCUUUGCUGAAAGUGAGAGUCAUGAAAGCCCAGAAACUUAUUUUGACAACAAGGCAAAUGUUAUCUUUACAGUGCAGUAUGACACUGAAAUUCUCUUCUCAAGAACUACGAACAAACAUUUCUAUGAAAUAACUUCUAAAAUGCCAGUUAACAAAACAAGACCUCCAUUAGAUCAAAUUGGCCCAGAAUAUGUUAUUACUCUAAUAGUCAAUACUGGACAUUUCCCUAUACAGACCACCUAUGUCACAGUUAAUAUACCAGUAUCUACAAAAAAGGACAAUCGACUUUUGUAUCUUGUUGAUGUAACUCAAAGCAACAACAUCAUUUGUGAUGCAAAACUUGAUACACUGGACGUCACCAAUUAUCAUUCCACAACUUUUAACAAGGAGAGCUUCCGCAGUUUCAGUGAUUUGAAUUGUGACAAUGUCAAAUGUGAAAACUUUCUAUGCACUAUAAACAACCUCAAAAUGAACAACCAAUACACGAUCAAAAUUGUUAUGAGGAUCUGGCUGGAUACAUUUAUAAAUGCUGACUUUCAAAGAAUAACACUGACUUCAUUGGCACAGAUUGAUACAAGGAAUCCGUUGUUAAUCAUCGAUAGCAAUACCUUAACAACGCCAGUUGAAAUAUCAAGACCAAUGAAGGAAGAAGUUCCUAUCGGAGUGAUUGUAGGGAGUGUGAUCGGAGGACUACUUGUACUUCUGGCAUUAACUACUGCCUUGUGGAAACUGGGAUUCUUUAAAAGAAAAUACAACAAACUGGAAAAGGAUGAAGAGGACAAUGAAAACAACGGUGACCAAGAUGUUGAAGAAGAAUAACAAACAAUAUUUAAGUCCACUGUGAAUGUUAUUCGCUCUGUUUAGCAAUACUUUUUGGGUUGAACAGCUGAAGGAUCUGCUCACAAAAUGAUCUGAAAUAUCAACUCACUAUUGAGUGAGUUUGAUGAUAUUCCAGAAAAAUAUGCAUGUUCUGUACAUUCAUUGUUUACAUUUUACAGAAGUGAAAUUUCUACUUUUAUAGAAAAAGAAAAUAUUUUUCUCUGUAACUGACACACUAAAAAUCAUAGAGGUACAUGUCUUUAAUAUGCAUUCUUUCUAAUUCAGCAAGUAAAUUUGUGCAUGGUCAAUUUUGAAGAAAAAUGGACAAUUUUCCCAGAAAUUUCACCAUUAAUCCUUUAGAUUUCAAAAUACAACUUCACCAUUUCAGUUUCACAAAAUAUGCUUCAUAUUUUAAUUGGAUGAUACAUGGUGAAUAAUUGACAGUCAUUUAAUUUUAUUAUAUAAUAUCAACAUUGUAAAUGAUAAAAAUAGUAACAUUCACAGCUUAGGACAUUUUAACUUACAACUAGUAUCAACAGCAACAAAUAAAAGAUAACAGUGCUGUGUGGUACUUUACUGAAUACCACUGAGAUGCUGAAUACAAAUCUUUGCAUGGCAGGAAACGUUGCACAUUAAGAGGGAAACUCAAAGAUAUGACACUUGCGUGCAACUGCUGUACAAGUUUGCUUGACAAGUGGUGGUCCAGGGUUCCUGCUACCAAUACAUUAAAGGUUAUCCCCAUUGUCUUCAUAUGUACACUGACCAAGGUCAAAUUUGGAUCUGAUCAAAAACAGUGGCAUUACAUGUAUCCAAUAAUUACACACAAUAUGGUACCACAUCACAAACUAUGGAAAGUUAAUUCUCGUUUUAAAAUUGCAUGCUUUGAAUUGCAAUGCAAUAUUGUCAAUCAGACUGCAGUGAUAUACUAUUAAACUUUAUUCUAGAAGAGAUACUUGUUUCACUGCACUGUGUCACAUACAUGUUUCGAUAUUUCAAAUUUGAUCAGUGAAGGAAUUCAUCUGAGAUAUACUUGUGACAUAUUCGAAGCUCAAAGUAGCAUCCUAACCACAACUAGAACAACCACUGUGUGGUGGGCUUAAUUUAUAAAAGCCACUGUCAUGGUGUGUGUUCAAUGGUACUAAUUAUGUAAAUAAAACUUUUCUAAUUUCUUUUGCACAAUAUUUGUUAGGAAUUGUUUUUAUACAAGUUAUCUUCGGGAUUAGGUGAAAAUCAUAAGAAAUAACAAGAGAAAAUACUUUUCAGGUCUGGUACUGUUUUAAAUCAUGUGAUUAGCAGUUAAUGUUACAUGUGGAUUAAUUAUUCUGCCUCCAAUAUGUGAUUGUAUUUUUGGUUUUUUUUGUAAAAAAGUUACUGCCAAAAACACUGUUGUAAAUCAAAUGUGCUGAGCACUCUGGUAGUUGUUUGAAUUCUUACAUAAAAGCCAGCUAUGGUGCACUGGUGGGGACUUUGCUAUUUGCACUGGUAUGUUUAUAUAUAUAUAUAUACAGAAUUAUUUGAAUUUUCCUGUAUUAAGUUUUCAAUUAAUAUUUAUUAGGGUUUUUUGUCUCAACUUAACACAUGUGGUUGCAUGGUGAAAUGAAAAUCUAAAUGAUUUUCCAAUUAUGCAUUAACUCCUUUUCAUACGGAUUGUUCUAGUUUCUAUGGCUCCCAGGCUUUAUUAAAAAUAUAUACAGUACUGGA